AUGUAAUCUUCAAAUUGCCUACAUGAACAAAGUUUUGCUGAGUUGGCUAAAUCAGAUAACUCUCAUAAAAGCUCAUUAAAUACUCUAAAUUCAUCAAGCUUUUUAUCAUUUGAAGAAUUGGAAAGCUUUACAAUGGAAGAUAUCUAAAUAAGUUAUGAAGUAAUUCAUAAUUAAAGUACUUCAAAUAACAAAUUUAAUUUAUUAAAAAUUAUAAAUGAAUCAGAUGUUUAAAAUUAAAAUAAUUAUUAUUGUAUAAUAGUCAAUUUUAUUGAUGAAUAAUUAAAAUAAAAAAUAAAAAUAGAUGUUUCAAGGUAUUCAUUUGAAAUUAAUUUUUUUGAUUUUACAGAAUUAAAAGAUUAAAAAGACACUUUAUUUUUAAGUGAUUCAUUCACUAAUGUUAACAAAUAGUUGUAAUAAUUUAGAGAUUGUGUUUCGAUAAAUUCUUAAUUUUGCAGAGUUAUUGUAUUUUCUUAAGACUUAGAUGAAAGAAUUAUUAAUUUAAUCCAUUUCUUUCCAUAUAUUUAUUAUUUUACUGAUUAUACAAAAGUAAAUGAAGAAUACUUAGAAGGAAUAAAGUUACAUUAACAGUUUCAAUUAUUUGAUCUCAAUUAUAAAACCAUAAAACAUUUAAUUUAAUCAUCGUAAUCAAUUUAUCAUUUAUUAAGGCUAUCUAAAUUAAAGGAUAUUAAAUAUGCAGGGAUUUAAAUUAAAGGAUAAGUAGAUAAUUUUGAUCAGAUUUUUGAAAUAAUAUUUCAUCCUCUGUUUGACUACUAAAAAAUAAAAAAAAAUAAAAUUUUCUUUAAUUAUAACAUACCUUUUAUCAUUGCUAAUUCAUAUUUUUACUUGCCUAUUCCUUUAAUAAUAAAAGCUUUAGAUAUUACAGAUUAUUAUACUUUUUAAUUUCAAUAAAGAUUGAGUUAUAUAUCUUUUAAUCCUUUUGAGAUGGAAGGAUAUGAAAAGUUUUAUUUGCUAUUAAAUGUAAUGAAUAAUAAAUAAUCAAGGCAUUAUAAGAUUAAAUCAAAAAAGACGAACUUUUUUUUUCUAUAAAUUCAAAUAAAGAAUUCAAUUCUAUUGAUAGUUUGCUUACAUUAAAUUAAUUUAAAUAAAUUUAAGAUUUGAAAUAUUUAUUAAAAUAAGAAGAUGAAUAUUUAAAUUUAUUAGAAAAAAUUCUUAUAUAUUUUUCUUAAAGUUUGAAAACAAGAAUAGAAAAAUAUAUUUUAUUUGUUUAAUUAAAGUAGCAUAUCCUUUAUAGAUACCAAAAUUCUAAUUUGAUUUAUUGA